GGUAGUAUUACAUAGAAGCCUUUAGCAUAUUUUCUACGUGGUAUCCUGUACGCUUCUCUGGCGAAGCAACUGCAUUCGCGGAAGUCAAAAGAACCGAAAACGAAGGAAGCGAAGGUAAAGGAAGGAAAAAGGGGAAAAAAGAACACCGCCUAUCGUAGCUGUCUUGUACGAUAGCGUAGACACACUCACACACACACACACACAUCAAACACACUCUCACACAUCGUACUGUUCCAAGCACGUAAGGAAGACGGACAAGAAGGAAAAUAAGGGGCAGACGCAGUGGAGCUACUAACGCAUCCUUUCUUCUUCCUUUAAUUACUUUAUUUAUUUACUUUCUCUUCCGCGAACUCACCAAAAAAAAAGAAAACAAAAAGCACCCACUCCUUUAUUUUAUUUACUUUGGUAUUUUAUUUGUUUCCUCGUAUCUUUAACAUUAUCUUGUAGAAGGUAGUCUAGAGGGAAGAGAGGGGCACGCACACACACACACACACACACACAAAACCCACAAGAACAAAUACGCGAGAGCGAGGGUAAACAUUAGCUUCACUUUCGCCUACUACGCCGUCGUUUUUUGAGAAGCUCGCCUCCAAGCUCAGCCCCAGUAGCAGAAGAAAAUCAAGUACCACACUUUCCUCAUCCAACACAGACAACAUGUUUCUCAACGCCGCGGACGCCGCUGACGAGCGUAGUCGGAAGGAGAUGGAGAGGUUCCAGGUGGAGCGCAUGGCUGGGCAGGGAACCUUCGGCACCGUACAACUAGGUAGGGAGAAGGCUACGGGAGUGGCGGUGGCAAUCAAGAAGGUCAUUCAGGACCCCCGCUUCCGCAACCGCGAGCUGCAGAUCAUGCAAGACCUCGCCGUGCUACACCACCCCAACAUCGUGCAGCUGCAGAGCUACUUCUACACGAUUGGCGAGCGCAACCACAAAGACAUUUACCUCAACGUUGUGAUGGAGUACGUGCCGGACACCCUGCAUCGCUGCUGUCGCAACUACUACCGCCGCCAGGCGGCCCCGCCGCCCAUCCUGAUCAAGGUGUUUCUCUUCCAGCUCAUCCGCAGCAUCGGAUGUCUGCACCUGCCUUCCGUGAACGUCUGCCACCGCGACAUUAAGCCGCACAACGUCCUUGUGAAUGAGGCGGACGGCACGUUGAAGCUGUGCGAUUUCGGCAGUGCGAAGAAGCUCUCCCUGUCAGAGCCGAACGUCGCGUACAUCUGCUCCCGCUACUACCGCGCGCCGGAGCUGAUCUUCGGCAACCAGCACUACACCACCGCCGUGGACGUCUGGUCUGUCGGGUGCAUCUUUGCGGAGAUGAUGCUCGGCGAGCCCAUCUUCCGCGGCGACAACAGCGCUGGACAGUUGCACGAAAUUGUGCGCGUGCUGGGCCGGCCCUCACGCGAGGUGCUGCGCAAGCUGAACCCGUCCCACACCGACGUGGAUCUCUUUAAUAGCAAGGGCACCCCGUGGGGGAGCAUCUUUCGCGAGCAGUCUCAGAUGAAGGACGCGAAGGAGGCGUACGACCUGCUUAGUGCGUUACUGCAGUACCUGCCGGAGGAGCGCGUGAAGCCGUACGAGGCGCUCUGCCACCCAUACUUUGACGAACUCCACGACGCAGCCACGAAGCUGCCGAAUGACAAGGACCUGCCGGCCGAUCUGUUCCGCUUCCUCCCGGUCGAAGUGGACGCCCUCACCGACGCACAGAAGUCAAAGCUGCUCGGCAAGUAA